AUGAUGUCUAUCAUCUUCAUCGGAGUUUUCUUCGGCAACUUGAUGGGUGGACCAGCGGCUGAUGCCUACGGUCGGCGUCUGGCAGUGCUCCUGGCCUACUUCGGCCUCGUCUUCUGCGGCCUGUGUUCGGCGAUCAGCAUCGGGCCGAUGUCGAUGCUCACCGCACGCUUUUUUUUCGGGCUUUUCUACGGCUUUGGGAUGGGGCCCGCGUUGACGCUGCAGGUGGAGAUCUGUCCGAAGGCCUGGCGCGGGCACAUGGUCAAUGUGAACAACUUCUUCUUCACGCUAGGCGAAGUCUAUGCAGCCUGGUUGCUGUGGGCCUUCUUGAAAGACCUGAAGCAAACCAGUGACGAGGAGCUAGAGAGUUGGCGCUACGUCACAGCACUGGCCGUCAGUCCAGCUUUGCUGAUCCUGCCCUUCGCCGUGCUGCUCUUGUACGAGUCGCCGCACUACCUAGUUGUUUGUGGCAAGCACGACCAGGCGGGUUGUAGCCGCCUGUGUCGUUCUUUGCAACCCGAAAGCAAGAAGAUGGAGCGCAAAGCCUUCUCCAGGACCAAUGACAUCGAGAUUGACGACAUGGGCCCACUUUCCGACUCCGACUGUGAUGUUCAGGAGUUCGCCGCCCAAAAGAAAGCCCUGGCCACAUUGGCUCGGCGAAGGGGAUCCUAUGGGCGCCAGUCCUUUGAGGAGCCAUCCCGCACGAAGAGGAACCAGCUGAAGCCCCCGGCAAGGACUGGUCGCGAGCUUUGGGCAGACAUUGCUACCGAUGACGAGGACAACUUCCCGCGCUGGCACGGCCCGAAAGCACAGGCCACGAAGGUGGUGCCUUCGCCCGUACCCGCGACCGACAACGCUGAGGAUGUCGACGGAUUGUGCUGGGAUCCCAUCGGCAUGGGCUCGACGGAGUCAUCCAUUUCGGAGUUGCUUUGGAACAAGGUGAAUGUGAGCAAGCCUUCUGAGACUUCGGGAAAUCCCAAAAACUACGACAAGUGGUCAUGGAGCACCACCGCUACGUCCGCUGACGGCGAUUUGCAAGAUGAGGACGCGUCGCCGUCUGCGCAGUCACAGGCUCCGGUCAGCAUCAUCAGCUCGGAAGACAGCGCAUCUUUGCAGACCGGCCUCUUCCUGGCCACAUCUACCGACGAGUCAGACAAGCAGCAGGUGUUGUCCAUGCCGGCCAUGAUGCAGGAGCCCGCGAAGCGGGUUGUUCAGUCGGCACCCACCUUUGUGAUGCCAAUGCCCGCCCAGGCGCCGCAGGCGACGAUGCUGGCUGUGCCGGCAGUUCAAGCAGUGCAAGCGAUGCCAGCAGUGCAAGCAAUGCCGGCAGUGCAAGCAAUGCCGGCAUUGCCUGCAUUUACAUAUCCUGCCGCCAUGCCAUUCCCUUUCGGCAUGGGAAUGCUGCCUGCCGUCAUGUCCAUGACACAGAAUGUUCCCAGGCAAGUCGCCGCACAGCAGCCUUGGGGAUCAGAGGAGGAGAUCGCUCGUCCCAUUGCGCUUCGCUCUGGCCUUGGCCUUGGAGGACCGCCUAUGGGCAGAUCGCAUCGCUUCCACCAGAAGAACACCACCAUGGGCGUCCUGAGCGAAGACGCUCGCACCUUCACCAAGCGCUCCAACAAGGGGAGACUUAGCAUCGUCUGCGAGAACAAGGUCCACUUCCACGGGACGGUGCGUUAUGCCGUGCAGUUCACCGACGGAGAGCUUUGCAGCGCAGAUGGAGUGGGCUUCAUCAUCUCCUCGGAUCUUCCCUGCACCAAGAACAUUCAGAAGAUCGUGUCGGUCUUUGCCAACAGAACCGGACGAAUCUGCAUCCGGGUGCACGACGAGGUGGAACGUUGCCCGCAAAGGGUGAAAUGCUUGGAAGUGGGAGACUGGUUGGAGGCGGAACGCUGUGGCAGCGAGUGUCUGGUAUUCAGUGUUUAG